AUGUCUGCCAACAGCGACGAAGACGAAGACGUCCUCGACGACGUCGACUUCGAUAACUCUUCCGACGAUGAGAUAGACGAGGACAUUCUCGAUGCCCUCGAAGGCGAUCUCGCCGCGGCAGCCGCGGCGGAGGAGGCAUCGGAGGACGAAGACUCAAUCACAGAAGAUUCGGACAACGUCUCGGACGAUGACUACGACGACGACGAGACGCCACCGCAGAAACAAGUCUUCCCGACACCAACAGAGCCAUUGCCAGAGAAUGUACCGACACCUGCGGACCACACACUAUCGGGAGAGUCGCCUCCUAAAGUUCUCAGUCCCUCACCAGUUACCCACACGUUUUCGCCUGCCCAAAUGCGCCGCGCAAAGCUGGUCGCUGACAUUAUCUGGCCGCGCUCCUACACUGUAGAAGCCAUCUGCGCCAUCCCUCAUCCAGCGCCUACGCACUGUCUCGCCGCCUCCUUCUGUAUGUCGCACCUUCUCACCGGCUCUGACGACGGGUACAUCCGUGACUACGACGUCUUUGCCGCCGUGAACGGCAAGGUCUUCCUCACUGCGCCUCAGCGUCAUCACUGCGGUGUCAUGGAGGGGCUCAUGAAGGCUGGGCAGAUCAAAUUUUGGUGGGAGAACCCCUCCCCUGUCGACCUCACUGCGAAAGGGGGAAACGCAGCUUUGGAGGACCCGCCGCUCUCUCCGGUGUACAGUCUUGCGAUGCAGUCGGACGCACUGUGGACACUAGCCGGAUCAGAUCAAGGAACCAUCAAUUUGUUCACUGUACGCCACGAGCCCGGCAGGCUAUGUCAUGUUAUGAGAGGUCACCGUGGACGGCCUGUCUCUGCUCUAGCACUCUCGUACGAUGAAACGGGAUUCUUCAGCGCCGGUUGGGAUGGCGAAGCUCUGCAAUGGGACCUCAACACAGGCCAGAUAGUACGGAACUUCAUGUCACAUGGAGCACAAUUAACCGCGAUUGGCGUACGCCCUCUCAUCUCCCAUUACGAUGGCCAUCAUUGGAGUUCUCCUACACCCGGCGUGGAUGGAGAGCCGUACGGUAACAGACAAACCCUCCAGAACGGGCUCGUUUCUGACAGGUAUACGGCCGAUGGACAAUCAAUACCUCCGUCGGCGGAAUUAGAUUCCAAAGAGCGUGUCUUUGCAGGUCAGCAAGCCCAAUCCUCCACAGAGUUGACGACUUUGCUUCAACAAGAUGAUGACGUCAAGUCCGACACAUCCUAUGAUCCGCUCUUCGACGAGCCAGAUGCCGAUGGGGAGCUUGAUACGGAGGAUACCUCCGCCCUGCCCGCCGCCAAUGCAUUUGGGAACCCCUCCUAUGUCGCGCAGAGCGGCGGAGCAAGCAUGGCGCUGUCAGGCCAGCACACGCAAGCGCAACGCAACGUGCGUAGUACUGCAGCCCCGAAGAAUGCACCGCCGAUCCUCGAUCCUGAGACAUAUUCACACUUUUCGCCGGACAUGCUCAUGACGGCGUCGAUCGAUGGGCAGAUUAUGCUGUGGGACACGCGCGUAUAUGCGCCCGGGCAGGGCGUGGGACGGCUCUGGAUGAGCGAAAAGACACCUCCAUGGUGUGUUUCGGCAUGCUGGUCCGCGGAUGGAGCGCAGAUAUAUGCGGGCAGGCGGAACGGGACUAUAGACAUUUGGGAUGUCAGACAGACAGGGCGCUCGGCCUCCGGAACACCGAAAAUCUGGAAGACGCUGCGCAACCCGCCCAGCUCAGGGAUUGUCUCGUGCGUAGUGGCGUUUCCCGACGGACGACAUUUGGCAUGCGCCUCGAAUGACAAUAUCCGUUUGUGGAAUGUCGCAGAGGCGAAGGACUCUCCUCCGGGAAAGAAGCAGAUCAAGGGAGGAGUCCAAUUCAAGAUCAUCCCUGGCCACCACGGCGGGUUGAUAUCCUCCAUGUUGGUUGACCCCGCAGCACGGUUCCUGGUCAGUGCCAGCAGCAAUCGCGGAUGGCACGGCGAAUCCACGCGGACUGUGUUUGUGCAUGAGAUCAAGCAUAUCCGUUGA